AUGCCAGAAGCGUACGGGUGGUGUCCCGUUGCUCGCGGCUGCUGCAGCUACUGGUGCCGCAGCGCGGGGUUCCUCUCCGUCUCCGGGGUAUGGUCCUGCGCGUUCCCCCCGCCGCCGCCGCCGCCGUUGCUGUGCCAUCCGGGGUACUGCAACUUCCCGGCGCUGCCGCCGUUGCUGUGCCUGUGCCAUCCGGGGUACUACAACUUCCCGACUCCGCCGCCGCCGCCGCCGCCGCCGCAGCAGCGGCCGUCCUGCUUCAUCACCGACCUCAGCAGCGAGGAGGAGCAGGAGAUUUCCCCACGCUCCGUCCUCACUGUCAGGAACAGCUGCAAGGAGCUGCCCAGCUCGCCGCUGUCUCCGGCGCUUCCGCGGCGGCUCCGGCAGCUCCCUGCCUUUGAAGGAGCGAAGAAAGCGCCCCCCUCUUCCCCGCGGUGCCCACGCCUCGCCUUCGAUCCCACGGCGGAUGUUACGUCUCUGAUGAUUCGCAACAUCCCCAACAGUUUCACGAAGAGGAGAUUCAUAGCCAUCCUGGACCAGCAUUGCGCUGACGAGAACGCCAAGCUCGACGGCGACGGCGACGGCGUCAAGUCGGAAUACGACUUUCUCUACGUCCCCAUCGACUUCGGGACGGGGUCCAACAAGGGAUACGCUUUCGUCAACAUGACGACGGCUGCGGCGGCGCGGCGCCUCCACGCACACCUCGACGGCCACCGCUGGCAGGUCGGGAGCCGCAGGAAGGUGUGCGACGUCGUGCACGCGCGCGUCGAGGGGCUGGACGGCCUGGUGGAGCACUUCUCCGGGUCGCGGUUCCCCUGCUACGGGGAACGGGAGUUCUUGCCGGUGCGCUUCGAUCCGCCGCGGGACGGCGUCCGCAAGACGGCGGAGCGCGUGGUCGGACGCCUCCACCACCGUCCCCGCUGA